AUAGUAUAAAUAUGUGCCUAAUUUCAAUACAGCAUCGGUGAAAUAUUUUUCCUCAAAAUAUAAAUGCAUGAAAAAGUGUCAAAACGUGCAUGAAACCACAAGAAAAUAUUAAAUAAAGUGCCGAAAGUGUCUUCGAAAAGUGAAUAGUGAAAUUUGUUUGUUUGUCACUUUGUGAUUUUUAACAACAAUAAUUCAAUAUGAGCGGUUAUUAUAUCAAGCAACCGCCACUCGCUUCCAGCCGCUUGAUGCUGCCACAUCCACAUUAUAAAAGUGCCAAUAAUCUACAAACAGCAACAAAAUUUAAAUCCGCAAUACUUCAUCGCUUUUCAUUAACAAGUUUAGUGCUGCUCCUUUGCUGCAUCUUUUCACACAUUCCACACAGCGACGCCUUCAAUCUGGAGAAUCGUUUGCCAAUAGUCAAGUAUGGACCACAUGCGAACUCAUAUUUUGGCUAUUCCAUAGCAACACAUACGGUGGGCGAAUACAAUUGGCCGAAUAACACAAAAUGGUAAGCAAUUAAAUCUUAUAUCAUUGCAAGUCCCGCUUUGGAAGUAAUUGUAAGUUCUUUAUAUACUUAUUAUUUAUUGGUUCUAUUUACGUGGGGCCGUUUUCCCAUUUUUUUUAUUAUUCAAAGUAUUGUCCUAAUGUUUUCCAGAAAACUC